ACUCUGCCACAGACUCUGCUCUCCUUGUGAAAAAGAAACAGGAAAACAAUAUUCAGUUAGAUUGCGUUUAUUACAAUAAUAUAAUAUUAUUGUAGACUUAUAAUAUAUUAAACAUUGAAAUGUCGGAAUCUUCAAAAGAGAAUAUAUCAAUGAACACCCAUAGGCUAACAAAACCAAUUUGUCUAAGAGAGCUAACUGACGGAAGAGAAUUCGAAAUUACUGCCGGCGACUAUUGUGAAGAUGAUUAUAAUCUUAGUAAGGAUGAAUUUCCCAUGGAUGAGAUAGAAAAGUAUGUCAAUUUCGAUACAUUGGAUGUCGAUGUGGAUGAGGAAGGCAAGGUUGUAUGCUUUGCCGAUUUGAGGCAAAAAAUGUCUCCAGUUACAACGGACAAGAGAAUAAUGAAAAGAAUGAAAAAGCAAGGGAUGGGAGAAAUGAUAUCGACGCUGGUGUGGUGUAUUACCACUACAGUGCCUACGUCAACCUUCAAGAGGAGCCUUUCGAUAACUCUUAUCUCCGUCGGCACCGAAGACCUGAGAGGCUCGUCUUGGGUAAAGGAGAAGUUCUUAUCGGGGUCGAACUAGCACUAAAAACUAUGAAGAAAGGAGAGGUCUCUCAAUUUAUUGUGGAACCUGAGUACGCUUUCGGGAAGCUGGGGUGUCCCCCAAGAGUGCCUCCAGGUAAAAAUAAUCAUCAACAAUCUUGUUAAUCAAU